GCUUUUGCGGCUUUCCUCCUUUUAACUUUUUUUUUUAUUUUAUUUUUUUUUCUGCCCUUCCCUUCCCUUGCCUUUUUGGACCUUGUCCCUCUUUUCCUUUUCCCAGACCGUCUUUCUCAUGUAUAAAUUCCACCCUCACCCAUCCACCAUGCUCGUAGAUCCGCUCAGACUUCAAAAGGGAUGCUCAUCGACGGCGAAAAGUGGGCCUGCGAAGCUUGCGUCCGCGGCCACCGUGUGACGACCUGCAAACAUCAUGAUCGACCACUAAUCCGCAUCAACCGAAAAGGCCGUCCCUUUUCCACCUGCUCCGUAUGCAACAACACCCCUUGUCCAACACCAGAAGAGCACUCCAAGCUCAAACGCGAGGCCGAGGCCAAAUCCUCUUCAAAAGUACAAUAUGACCGAGGCACCACCAUUUUACCUCCACAUCUCAAAUACCACAUAAGCCACCACCAUACCACCACGUAUAAAAUUAUGCUAUACUCUGUUAGGCUGAUGUUGGGUUACUUUUUGAGUGCGCGUUUCAGAGAGGUGCCGCCAGAGUGUCGUCCCGUUCUCCUACCGUUUUAGUCCCCAUCGCGCCCAGACCGUCGCAGUCGCCCCCGGCCGGGUCCCAGAGUCAGGGUAGGGCUGAGCCAUCUACCCCGGGCAUGCUGCCGCAGCAGCGGCAGCAGCCGCGGGAGUUUGUUUUGGGGUCGUCGGGGUGCGAGCAGCAGGCGGCGUUUGGGGGGUUGCCGUUUACGUGUGCGUCGUUUGGGGGCCCCGCGUUGUGUUCGAUGGUUGAUAUCCCCGGGUCGAUGGCGAUGGUGAGUCCGUUGGAGGCAGAUCCGACGGGGCGAUUGUUGUUUGGGGAUGGGGGUUUUGUGGAUGGGGGGUUUACGUUG